CCUUCUACUAAUUUUCCAAACUCGGGCUCUCUUAUGGGCAAACGAGAAUCGAAACUCGAAAGGGAACGCCUUCUACUAAUUGGUUCGAUUAUUGGUGUCGUCUGUAGUCUGUACGUUGAAUCGUCAAGAAACUGCAUUUUAUGUAAACAUUGUCUUCCAUCCUCGAAUCAUUACGCUAAUGGUGAGUUUUUAUUUAAUCUCUUUGAUUUCCUUUUCUUCCGAGUGUCCUUCUUGAUUUUAGGGUUUACCCUUGUUUAUGCAAUUUGAGAAGCGUUCCUCCAGCUCUAAGAACCCCGAACGGCUUUUUAAAUCGAAGUUCAAUUCUUUUUUCGAUUACUGUAAUAGUACGAUCCGAUUAAACACGUGACGAUUAAUAGUAAGAUGGUGAUUUUGCGACGCAGUGCAACUUGAUGAACCCUAGAUAUCACAUGAAACAUCUCUAUAUAAAAGAUCGGCUAAGUUCAUAUUCAUCAUAAAUGGACUCUAAAUUGAAUCAAUGACUGUAUCUCAGGCCACCCCAUUUAUUGCUGGGCUUGCAGUAGCAGCUGCAGCCAUGGCUGGUAAAUAUGGAAUUCAAGCCUGGAAUUCUUUCAAGACAAGACCACCAAGGCCAAGAUCACGCCGAUUCUAUGAAGGUGGCUUCCAACCAACAAUGACAAGACGAGAAGCAGCUCUAAUUCUUGGUGUUAGGUAACCUAAAUCCUCCUUCAAAAUUAGCAUUUAAAGAAUAAAUCUACUAACUUAUAAGAAUUCUCUACACAUUCAAGACUAUGAAAGUAAGAUAUGAAAAAAGGGUAGUUGAAAAAUACCAUCUAAAGAAAAUUUACAUGCUCAUACAGAUUAUCUGAAGUAAUCUUGUAAGAUUAAGAUAUGAUGACUAAAGCUGUUGAAGAAGAAUGCAUCAACUCCAAGAUUGGAACUUGGAAGUAAUAACAAAUUUUGGUUUAUUCCUUUAGUUUUGUUAAUUAUGGAAAGGUUAUUUUAGACAUUUGUCAUGUCUGACAGAGAAGGCGCUGCAGCAGAGAAGGUGAGGGAAGCACAUAGAAGGGUAAUGGUUGCAAAUCAUCCUGAUGCAGGAGGCAGCCAUUACUUGGCUUCAAAAAUCAAUGAAGCCAAAGAUGUAAUGCUUGGAAAGACCAAAAACACUGGAUCUGCAUUCUGAUGAUUCUUGAUCACAAGCAAUAAACAAAAAAAAAAAAGAAAAAAAAAACUGUGUCAAGUGUUGUUGAUUACAGAAAUUCGUGUCAAUUCUUGUUUUGUGAUUUCUUUGGCUUGUGUUUGUUUGAAUAAUCAAGAAAUAGAGUUGAACAAUGGAUAUCUUUCCUAGUCUAUUGAUGCUAAACAGUGUCUAAAAUAAGAGUUUGACUUUUAUGGUCAAACAAGCUUUGUUUUUUAAAACAAGGCGGAAAUUACGUUAAACUAUGUAGAUGAGGUAUCUAAAGUUCAUUAUCUUAAUGAUUAAGAGAAUAUAAAGUUCAUUAAUUAUUUAGAGGUCGCUCAUUCAGAGUCUUUAUCAAACACGUCGAGGAAGGAUGGCUG